CAGCGCAGUUGAAUCGCAUUGGAGAGUAUCUGAGAAAUUCCAAAGCGCAAAUUAUUUAUUGAUUAUCAUGAAUACACGUACACAAACUAUGGAAAACCAAACAGAAACCAGCGACUCCUGUGUGGGAGGAAAUACUACCACGUUUCCAAGCAAACGUUUCGUUAUUUCUAGGAAUUGGAUAUUUAUUAUUGUCACUGUUCUACAUUUGCUCGCAUUAUGUGCUGAAGCAAAACCAGCGAAUUACUGGAAUACAGAAGUGUCAAGAAGGCGGCAUCAUCCACAAUACAUUUGUACUGGUAAACUAAGAAGAGCGUGUGCAAGAGUGGCAACAGAAUGUCUCAUCCCUGUUCCAACAAAUAAAAAGCAAGAGAUCGUUGAUUUGGUCAGAUCCGCAGCAGCUGAAAUCGGCGAAGCCGAAAGACGACGAGCACAUCAUGAAAUUAUUACAAGCGAAGUCGAAUUGUCGCCGCUUCUCAUUCACCGUCUUCACCAGCUUGAGAGAGAGGCAAGGCAUAUCGCACAUGAUCAUGCUUAUCAUGUCAAAGUGUCAUGCAAAAGAUGCGACCAAUUAUGCUGGGUAUGAAAAAGACCCCACGUAGAAAUCUAAGCAAAAAGAAUCGCGAAAUUAGCUCAUUCUAUUGACAAUUUUGCUGAUAAAAAGAAACGAAAAUGUCCGUUUCACAAAGAAAAUGUGUUUUCACCGGGAAUGCAUCUCAUAAAAUACGGCGUCGCGAAGAGACGUCGGCGGAGAAGAACGAUUGAGUAUCGAACCAGUAACCGGACGAUAUAUUUCAAUGCAUAAAACUACAGGAACAUACAAAGUGAUCUGAUGAAACUGACAUAAACUCUGGAUUUAAAAUCGAUUCGGAAUUAGUCAUUUGCAACCUAAAAUUCAAACAAAUUGGAGUUCCUAUUUGUCGCUUAUUUCAAAGAAACUUUUGUUGCAAAUACACGAAUUGGUUUCGUUGUUCUGCCAAUAUCAGUAUGAAAAUGCUACAAUUUUGCGCCAAUGUCAAAAAAGCGAAACCUAAAAUUUUAAACUUUGUAAAUAUUUAUUUUACUUUAAAUUAUCAAUCAUAGUUAAUAGUAUUUUCCAUAUUUAUAUUAGCGCUUAUGCUUUUUUCAGUUUCUAUAGCUUCAAUACUGACAAAAGGUUUCCUUGCCUUAAUAUUUGCGUUUUGUUUGUUAUUUAUGUUUCAAAUGCGUCCAACGCAACUAGUUACUAAUCUAUAUAUUAUAUACUGUGAAAUUCGCUGAUGCUUUUAGUCUAUUAAUUUUUUAUUAUCCUAGCUAUGUAUUUAUUAUUACUAUUUAAGUUAUUUUCACUUUUAUACGCAGCACUGUGGCUUUUGUAUGCUCCA